GUUAUUUUCCUCUGGUCUUUCGAAUAUUUUUGAACCGUUUAUGUUAAUUCCACUCAGAAUUAAAAUAAUUAAAAACAUUCAAAAUAAAUUGAAUCCCGACCAUAUUGAACGAGAAGAAUCGCCGCAUGUCUGCAACUCUCUGGUUUCUGGCAUAAUUCUGCUGAAUUCGCUCCCUUGAAUCCUCUUUUUUAAUGGUCGCAGUGCAGAAAAGCAGAAUUUGAAGUCUAGACCGAACCGGAGGAUGAACUCCGAACCAGAUGACUGUCGACCUCCAAUGGUGCGCGGCCUAUCUCCGGUCAUGCAACGCCAGGUGUUGGAUAUUACAGGGGCGACAGCUUCAUCAGCUUCUCCUCAAAGCCGGCUUCUUCGGCUCCAUCUUUGCCACCAAUUGCCUUCUCCAGAUGUAUACGCGUUGUGGCAGUGGCCUAUCUGAUGUCUACCUUCUGUUUGAAGAAAUGCCCCAUCGGAAUUGCUUUUCAUGGAACACCCUCAUCGACGCUUGCAUCAACUCCGGGGACUCCGCUUCUUCCCUUCAAUUAUUCCACAGGAUGCCUCGGAAGAACGAGUAUUCUUGGAAUGCCAUUAUAACCGGUCUGGUUCGGUUAGGUGAUCUUGAGAAUGCGUGGAGGCUGUUUGAGGAAAUGCCAAUGAAGGACGCCAUUGCUUUGAAUUCGGUGCUUCAUGGUCUUUUUCGUAGUGGAAAAGCUCAGGUUGCUUUCAGUGUUUAUAAGAGAUUGAAUUCAGCAUUGGAUGGGUACUCCUCACUGUGCCUUGAUGCGUUUGUGCUGGCAACUGCAAUGAGUGCUUGUGCAGAGUAUAGGGCUCUUCAUCUUGGCAAGCAAAUUCACAACCAAAUAGUUAUCAACCAGGUGGAGUUGGAUGCUGUAUUGGGCAGUGCUCUUGUUGACAUGUAUGGAAAGUGUGAUGAUCUUAACAAUGCCUGCAAAGUCCUUGACGUUAUGACGAAUCCAGAUGAGUUCUCCUUGUCGGCUUUGAUCACUGGAUUUGUUAGAUGUGGUAGACAUGUUGAGGCAAGAAGGAUUUUUGAUAGUAGAUUUGAUCCUGGUACUGCCUUGUGGAAUUCAAUGAUUACUGGGUAUGCUUCAUAUGGUCAUUUAGAAGAAGCUUUAAACUUGUUUGAAAGGAUGAUGAGAAAGGGAGUUAAUCCGGAUUCUUCGACUUUAGCUACUAUUCUGAACUCAUGUGCUUCCUUAGGUGCACUUACAAAUGUGGUGCAGAUGCAUGCUAGUGUGCUAAAGUUUGGAAUUUUGGAUGACAUUAUUGUUGGCAGUGCUUUGCUUGAUUCCUACUCGAAAGCUGGUGAUUGGGACAAUGCUUGCAAGAUUUUUGGAGACUUCAAAGUUCAUGACACGGUCUUGCUGAAUUUAAUGAUAAAAGUGUACUCAAAUCAUGGCAGGAUUGCCGAAGCAAGGCAGGUAUUUGAUCAGAUUCAAGGCAAGAGUGUGAUCACUUGGAACUCCAUGAUUGUUGGUUAUAACCAGAAUGGUUUUGCAACUGAAGCACUGGAGCUUUUCACUGAAAUGCAUAGUCUUGAUAUUGGGAUAGAUGAGGUGACUUUGGCAAGCAUUUUAAGCGCUUCUGCUUCAAUAUGCUCACUUGACUUUGGAGAGCAGGGCUUUGCCCUUGCAACGGUCUAUGGGUUCCAAUCAGAACAAAUCAUCGCUACUUCGCUAGUUGAUCUUUAUUGCAAGUGUGGUUUUAUGACUGAAGGCUUGAGGAUCUUUUAUGAUAUGAGAAAGUUUGAUGAGGCCCCUUGGAACUCAAUGCUAAUGGGCUUUGCUUCCAAUGGAAUGGGUGCUGAAGUCAUCCGAUUAUUCGAAGCUAUGAAAAAUGCUGGUGUGCCACCAAAUGAGGUGACUUUUAUUGCGGUCCUCUCAGCUUGUUGCCAUUGUGGUCUAGUUGAGGAAGGUUUGAGAUGGUUUCAUUGCAUGAAGGAUGAAUUUGGUGUGAACCCUUUUAUUGAACACUACUCAUGCAUUGUGGACUUGCUGGUUCGAGCGGGUCGAGUGGAGGAAGCUUUGGAUUUUAUGGAUGGCAUGCCAUUCAAGGCAGAUGCAAGCAUGUUGACAUCAUUGCUUGGUGGUUGCAAAGCAUGUGGCAAUGAAUUUCUUGCAGAUAAGGUGGCAAAGAGACUUGUUGAGCUCAGUCCCAGCCAGUCAGGACCUUAUGUUCAAAUAUCCAGCAUCUAUGCUGCAAAUGGUGAUUGGAAUAGAUCAGAAUGUGUUUGGUCUAUGAUGUGUGAGAGGAAAAUAAAAAAGAAUCCAGGUUUUAGUUGGAUUGAUAGGUAGUGUUGUAAACAUACUGUGCAAGACUUAGAGUUCGAUUUUGGUAACGUCCAUUUUUCUUCCCUGAUUCCAUGGAAGAUUGAAAACUAUGAAGAAAGCAUUACUGCAGUUAUGAUUUCAGUGCAAACUCAGCUUGAGAGCAUCAAGUACCCAAAAAUUAAGGACUUAUGAGCAACUUAAUGCAUUGAUCGACUGAUAUUCAUCGUGUAGGUUGAAAUGGUGAAGCCUUGCUCUACGACUACUCAUAUAUUAUUCUUCUUUUAGCUUAAAUGCCAAAGCGACAGGCUUACAAACUCAUUGCUAUGAAAAUUGGGAGGUGGUAGGCUUGUAUUUGCAACUAUGUCAUUUCUUAAGUUUAUCAGUUCUUUUCA